AUGUCAACUUUUUCAGGAAAUAAAUAUUGUCACAAGAUAAAGUUGCUUGUGUAUAACUUUCUCGAUAAACCGAAAACAAAGUUAUCUUACAUUUACCAUGUUGUCAUCCUCCUUUUAAUAGUUGGAAAUCUGGCUCUUACAAUUGUGUCUACCAAAACCGAUUUGGAAUUAAGUUUUGACAUUCAAUAUACGUUGUUUGUUUACGAGCUUGUUCUUUUAAUCAUCUUUAGUGUAGAGUUCUUUAUUCGAAUAUAUGUUUGCAGUUCUAAUGUCAAGUACCGAAAACUACAUGGAAAACUAUUAUAUCUGAAAAAUUUUUAUAUGAUAAUUGAUCUUGUUGUUAUAGUUACAUCUGCUUUUACUGUUUUUUUGUGUGACACCAGAUCAAAUGUGGAAUUUCUUCGGUACGCAAGAUUUUUUCAUAUACUCCGGCUUUUGAGAAUGGAUAGAACAAGAAGGGAUUUACACACUAUGUGGAAUGCUAUUUAUAGUCACAGAAAAGAGCUUUUAACGUGCUACUUUUUUUGCGCUGUGAUUCUCUUGCUAGGGUCUUAUGUUAUUUUUCUUACAGAAAGCAAUAAUGAAAAUUUAAAUGGAAAGAUGAACAAUAUGUUAACCAGCUUAUACUGGGGAAUCAUAACAUUUACAACAAUAGGGUAUGGAGAUUACACUCCUCAUACAUGGUACGGGAAAAUGAUUGCCGGAUUUUUAGCUAUGGUAGGGUGUGCUUUUCUAGCUUUACCUGCUGGUAUUUUAGGAUCCGGAUUUGCUUUGCAAGUUUCUAAGCAAAAGAAAGAAAAAGGUACCUUCAAGGUCAAGAAUCCAGCUGCACUUCUAAUCCAAUGUGCCUGGAGAUGUUAUGCUGUAAGAAACUCAAAACUAAAAGCUACAUGGAGUUACUUCGUUAUGAAAAGUGUUGCAGCCAAAGAAAAAGCAAAAACGAAUUACCAAAAGAAUUUCGCAAGUAAUUUUAUGAACUUACUCCCAAAAUCCAAAAUAAAGUAUACUGAAGAAGACAUAAGUGAUAGAUUAUUUGGGCUAAAAAGAAAUUCUAAAGACCUAAAUGGAUUUGAAGAACUGGUAGAUAUUUUUCAAAAAAACCCGGAUUAUAAUGACUGGUCGUCAGAUAUUCAAGUAGAGUAUAAGUUGGUCUACAAUUUUAUUACAAUUAUAAAGCUCAUACUAGCUGCAAGGUCAUUUUCAGAUAUUCGACACCCUUAUGUCAACAUGGAGCACGUUCUUCAAAGUAACAGUAUGACUAUAACACUAUCAUUAUCUCACUUAAAAGAUAUAAAAAAG